UUAAUAAAUUACUUUUAAAUGCAAAUAACUAAAGAACUUUCAAAAAUUUCGGAAACUUCAUAAUAGAUAAUUUGUAGACAAUAAAAUUACCUACAAAAAAGGUCCUAUAACAUUUUGUGAUAAGUCUGAUAGUUUCGCCAAUAUCACACAAUACUAAAAUUUACUAUGAAUUUCCUUGACCUCGAAUAGCUUUUGAAAAAGUAAAUUUUCCAAAAAAUAAUAAGACACCUUUUUUGUACAGCGUUCAAUUUCCCAAAAAUAUAUAUCGACCUUUCCAAUCCACUGAUUCACUCGAGUUACAAAAUUCCAAAUAAAAAAAAAUUCCCAUGCUAUUUUAAUGGCAAUGAAAGAUUCCGAUUAGCGACCUCUUAAUUUUACUAUCAAGGGCUCAAAUUUCGAAGACCAAAAUUUUCAGACCAUCCACGAAAACCGUAGUCUUAUAUACAUAUGAAUAUAUACCACUCAAUAAAAAUGACUGAUACGAAUAAAAAUAAAAAUAAAAAUAAAAAUUAUCAGCCAGCAAAUCUCUGAAGCCCACAACCCACUGAACCUCUUCCGGAUUCGAAAGGGAAAUCAGUGUCAAGUUUAAAAUAAAUUUUCGAGGUGAAAACAGUAAGAACGAGUCCCAUCCCAGACAUCCUAAAUCGACAAGUCGAGUCCCAGUUUAAAAAACCUCCAUAAGAAAAAGUUAUGAAAGCACUAGAGUAGAGGGAGAGCUAUUGGCUCCUGAUUGGCCUUCAUAUUCCAAUAGGGACACAAUAUCACUUGUUUAAAUUAACUCAGAGUUAAAAGUGGUAAAGUUUUGAGUUUAAGUGGUCGAGUGGAUGACCACCACGACCGAGACCACGACCACGACCACGAUACCUUACACUAAAUAAAUAAGAAGAUGUGUAAAUAAAAAAUACAUGUCCGUUUUGUUUCUGCGUUCAGUGUUUUAUAUUGUCAAGGACCUAGCGUACGCACAAUGGCUGUAGUUUAUUUUUUUCUGGUGUCUAUUGGUUGCUUUUUGUUGACAUUUUCGCUAGUGGACGCUGAUGAAGGACAGGAUGUUCUCGGGUGUUUUAUGGAGGACGACAGUCUUGGGUGUGUGAAGAAUCUAACGGACGCAAGCUUGGAUCAAAUUGAGUUACAAGUUACUGGCAGAAGAGACAACGUCACCUUCAGCCAAGUCAUUGAGAGGACAAGUGAUUUUAUGGUGGACCAAGUCAACCAUUUUUUUGAUGACAAGGAUCCCGCUGAUACGAACCGCGAGUCGAGAAAAAUAAAAAUCGGCAAGAAGAAGAAGAAACUCCUGCAUAAAUUGCUGCCAAUUUUCCACUUGUUUCAAGCGAAAAUAAGUCUUCUGCUGCAACUGGUGUCAACUCACUUUCAGUUCAAAUUUUUUGCAAUAGCCGUCGUAGGUCUGAUUAUUAAUUUCAUCCGGUUGUGGAUCGACGUAAAAAAAGGGCAUCAUCCGGCAAAGGUAAUUUAUUACGAGCACGCUCAGCACCAGCAUCACUACGAACCCGAGGAGGAGCCGAGUUACUGGAAAAAAAGAUCUCUGGACACGAAUAACCAGCUGGCAUUUAGUAGUUGGCCCAGACGCUAAGCGGUCUAGGUUUAGGUCUUAAUAAAUAAUCAUGCAUAUCAACGAUUUUUAUUGUUCCAGUCUGAAAAUUUAUAUUCUCAGCAGCUCUUUUACCGUUACUAAAAAAACCAAUGGAACUGAUGACGGUGAAAUAACUUAUUUAUUUAUUUUAUUGUUAAUGUUACUUAGUUUUUAAGUCAUGUAAAUUAUUUAUUGUACUUUAAUAAAAUUACUUAUUUAUUUAUUCGAAAA